UUUUGUGUUUCGGAUAGAAAUCUCGGUUCUCGGUUCUCCGUUCCCGUUUCCCAUCCAACAGGAUGCGCGCGAUACCGAAAUGGGUUGAGAAGAUCCACGAUUCGACGGAGAAAAGCGAUGUGGCCAGCAUUCAUUGCAUCUGCUACCAUCCGGAGGGUGUACAGUUGGUGGCUGGCGCCGGAGAUAAGGUGCUGGUGUACGAUCCCAUCGAUGGCAAUCUGAUCAGCACGCUCAAGGGCCACAAGGACAUCGUGUACUGUGUGGCGUACGCUAAGGAUGGCAAAAAGUUUGCCUCGGGCAGUGCCGACAAAACGGUCAUCAUCUGGACGAUCAAGCUGGAAGGAUUGCUUAAAUAUUCUCACAACGAUUCCAUCCAGUGCCUUUCGUUCAAUCCGAUCUCACACCAGCUUGCCUCGUGCGCCGUAUCGGAUUUUUCAUUCUGGUCACCCGAGCAAAAGGCAGUCCAGAAGUACAAAGCCACGGCACGCAUCAAUGCGUGCGCCUGGACGAACGAUGGCCAGUACAUUGCGCUCGGGUUGGCAAAUGGAACGAUUUCGAUACGCAACAAGGCCGGUGAGGAGAAGAUCAAGAUUGACCGGCCAGGUGGGGCCAAUAGUCCAAUCUUUGGGCUUGCCUGGAAUCCACCGGCAACGUCCGGUUCCUCGGACAUCCUCUGUGUGAUCGAUUGGGGCCAAACGUUGUCCUUCUACUCGCUCGGUGGUCAAGCGAUUGGCAAGGAGCGCAACUUUGGUUUCGAUCCGCUGUGUCUGAGCUUCUUUCCCAGUGGCGAGUUCCUGAUAGUGGCCGGAUGCAACAAGGCCCUGCAACUGUUUACACGCGAUGGUAUCCGGUUGGGGAUGCUUGGUGAGCAGCACGAUUCCUGGAUCUGGACAGUGGCCGUUCAUCCGGCAGGAAACUUUGUGGUUGUUGGAUGCCAGGAUGGGACACUUGGGUGUUACAGUCUCGCCUUCAACACCGUGCACGCUCUGUACCGCGAGCGGUACGCGUUCCGUGAGAACAUGUGCGACGUAAUCAUCCAGCAUCUCGUGUCGGGCCAGAAGGUGCGCAUCAAGUGCCGCGAUCUCGUACACAAGAUCGCAAUCUAUCGGAACCGCUUGGCGGUACAGCUACCCGAACGGGUUGUACUGUACGAGCUCAGCUCUGCCGAGAAUCAACCGAUGCACUACAAGGUGCGCGAAAAGAUUGCGAAAAAGUUCGACUGCAGUUUGCUUGUAGUUUGCGCCCAACAUCUGGUGCUGUGUCAGGAGAAGAAGCUGCAAAGUCUCGAUUUUAACGGUGUGCUACAGCGCGAAUGGUUGAUGGAUAGCUUCAUACGGUACAUCAAGGUCACUGGAGGGCCAGCCGGUCGGGAGGGAUUGCUGCUCGGUCUGAAGAGUGGACAAGUGUGGCGCAUCUUUCUGGACAAUUCGCUUCCGAUUCUGGUGACCACCGUCCUGUCGUCGGUUCGUUGUCUCGAUCUGAACGCUACGCGUACCAAGCUGGCCGUGGUGGAUGAUGCGGGACGCUUGGUCGUACGCGAUCUCAUCAACGAUGCGAUGCUGUACCAGGAUUCGGCCGUCAAUUCCGUUGCCUGGAACACACACCUUGAUUCGAUGCUCUGUUACUCGCACACGACCGGUGGGUUGAGUGUGAGAGUUGGCUCGUUGCCACCUCGUAGUCCACAGACGAUGCUUGGAGUGGUGGUUGGGUUGUGUGGUGCGACCGCUUUCUGUUUACGGGGCAACGUGAUGAGUAACGUACCGCUGGCCCUCGGUGCCACGAUGUGGCAAUUCGUCGAAGCGGGAAUGUUUGAGGAUGCAUAUCAGGUGGCCUGCCUUGGUGUACCACUGUCCGACUGGGAAGGUCUAGCACAGGCCGCACUCGAUGCGCUCAACUUUCAGGUGGCACGUGAUGCCUACGUCCGGGUACGCAAUCUCCCAUGGCUCGAACUUAUCGCGGAACUAAGAGAGCGACAAAAACGUGGCGAAACCUCGAAAGAAGUGUUGCUUGCGGAAGCGUACGCUUUUGCAGGCCGGUUCAAGGAGGCUGGCCGAUUGUAUCAAAAAUCGGGCACCAACAGUAAAGCACUCGCCAUGUACAGCGAUCUACGAAUGUUCGAUUUGGCACAGGAGUUCCUUAAAGAAGGCAGCGCUGCCGAUAAAAAGGAACUCAUACGCAGACGAGCAGAGUGGGCCUGUUCGGUGCAUGAACCACGAGCCGCCGCAGAGCUACUGCUGUCCGCCGGUGAGUCUGAGCGUGCGAUCGAAAUCGUGGCCGAACAGGGAUGGGCCGAUGUGUUGCUCGACAUUGGAAGGCGGUUAGCGGCGACGGAACGCGCACCGCUUGAGCUGAUCGCAGGCCAUCUGCGCCGACUGAAAGCACUUCCACUGGCGGCCGAAAUCUAUCGGAAGCUUGGUGAGGAAGAGCAGGUUGUACAGCUGCACGUGGAGGCUCGCGAUUGGCCGGAAGCGUUUCGAUUGGCUGAACAUCUACCGAAGGUACUGCCGGAUAUCCACUUUCAGCACGCACAAUGGUUGGCCGAAUCGGAUCAGUUCAUUUCGGCCCACGAGGCGUUCAUAUCGGCCGGACGUCCCCAAGAGGCAACCAAGUUGUUGCGCAAUCUGGUCGAGUGUGCCGUCUCGGAGGAACGCUACCUGGAUGCGGGGUAUUACACGUGGCUGCGGGCACAUCAGGAGUUAAAGCUGUUGGCCAACAGCUCGGAACAGAACCAGCAGGACGCACUGGUUUCAUCGGGAGCGGUGGAAGAGUAUCGAUCGUUGCUGAAGUUUGCAUCGAUCUACUACGCGUACAACACGAUCAAUUCGUACCUGAAGGAACCGUUCACCAGUAGCCCGCCGUUGACGCUGUUCAACACGAGUCGCUUCGUUGUGAACCAAAUCAAUGGAAGCAAUCCACCGAAGGGUAUCAGUUUGUUUGCCGUUUACUAUACACUUUCGAAGCAAGCGAAGGUACUCGGAGCGAAUAAGCUGCAUCUGCAGAUCAACAACAAGCUACAGUCGCUUAAGAUCCCUGCCGGCAUUCAGGAGCAGGUGGAUAUUAGCUACAUCACGAGCCGUGCCUGUCCCGGAGGUUUCAACGAUCCGGAGGAGCUCCUACCGAUGUGCUACAAGUGCUCGAACUACAGUCCCCAUCUCCAUGGCAACCGAUGCCCAAACUGUCAGCAGGAGUACAUCUUUUCGUACGUUUCCUUCGAGAUUCUACCGUUGGCCGAAUUUACGCCGGAACGGGGCAUUAGCGAACAGGAAGCGGAGAGGCUGUUACUCGCUCCACCGAAGACCGAUGCAAGCGAUGGACAGCGGGAUCAGUUUAUUCAAGAGGACAUUAUCGACACGUUCCCGUCAACACUCGAUCGAGAUGCGCUGCGUGCGAUUGAUCCACGGGAAGUGAUCAUCGUCCGGGGGCCGGCACCGCUACCAACGCGCUACUAUCGUAAUCUGUUGCCCGAGCUUCAGAUUACCGUGUGCUCGGAGUGCAAUCAGGUGUUCCACUCGGAGGACUUUGAGUUGCAGUUUCUACAGAAAGGCUACUGUCCGUUCUGUCGCACGGCCGAGGAGAGUCUUAUGAAUUGAAAGUGCCCUUUGUACGCGCGUGGCACGCGCUGUAUGACGAUCUCAUGGUAAAUGUUUAGGUGCGAGUGUACGUGGAAUCCAUUCCGUCCAGUUCAAAGUGUGAUAGGAACAUAGCAUUUGCGUAAUAUGUUAAUACUGCCUUUUUUGUCGAAAUAAAU